AAGACUCACCGGUUCCCCUUAAUCCAACAUUAUCUAUCGUCUGCGUCAUUUUCAGCAAUGUACACACCCGAUACAAAGAUAAGACCACGAUAAAGAACCUUAUCAUUCCACCUCGAUCGAAAGUCGAACGCGCAUGCCGCGCCGCGAAUUAGAAAAAAAACAAUGCGCGCCAAAAUAUAUUUGACGUUUUACUUUUUUAUUUUUAAAUUUACAAGUAGCCAGGAUUCUGUUACGGAAAAGGAGAAUGUAAUUAAAUUGUGCGCUGUUUGCACGUGCAGUGAGAUACCUGAAAUCGAUGGUACGGAUUUAGUGUUCAAUAUACAAUGUUCGGAAUUGGACACGAUUGAAAAUGUCCCGGAUUUGGAUAAAAUCGAGUGGCCGGAGAAUCCUAAUGGGCUGAGAGUGUCUGCAGCAUUCGAAGGUUUAGGCCUUUCGACUCUGAGCAAGCUACCAUCCAACACGCAAGUAGAAACGCUGCGUUUCAGCAACAACGCAAUCCAAACCUACUGGCCCGACCCCUUCAGCGAGGUUCCAAAUUUGAAAAAACUCUCGCUAUCCCAAAAUGACUUAACGGAAAUCACUCCCGAUCUCUUCACAAAAAUACGAGCUUUAGAAGACUUAGAUCUAUCCUAUAAUAAAUUAGCUGAAUUCAAUACAUUAGACUUCAAGUCGUUAGCUCAUGUAAGAAGGUUGAACCUGCAAAGUAAUCUUUUGAAGAAAAUACCAACUCGUGCUUUGGAACCGAUGUCCGCAUUAGAGGACUUGGAUUUGAGUAAGAAUGGAAUUUAUGACGUUUUGCUGCAGAGGGUCGAUGGGAACAUUAUGAAGGGGUUGAAGCGGCUGAAUUUGAACGGGAACAGAAUAAGGUCGAUUGUGAGGGAUUCGUUCCCUAUUGAAAACAGCAUUGAACUCCUCGACCUAUCUAACAACGUAAUCGAAAUAGUCGAACCAGAAGCAUUCUCGACCUGUACAAGCCUUCGCGAACUGAACCUCGCCCAGAACAACAUAACCUUCACAUUCGCUCUACCGCCUUCCCUUCAGAUCGCCAUACUGAAGUUCAACACACUAUACCAUUGGCCGUCCUUCCCUAGUGGGAUUACGUAUAUCGAUCUAUCGUAUAAUCGAUUGUCGGAUAUGUAUGAUGAGAUCGAAGCUAGAUUUGAAAAUUUAGAGGUAUUAAACAUCGCCGGAAACCAGAUAAAAGAAUUCACCAUCGAGAAGAAACUACCCAAACUAUUUAGUUUAGAUAUCGCCUACAACCAAUUCACAGAAAUACCAAAGAGUUUAAACAGCCAAAACCUUCCUAACUUAGAAGAGUUACGCUUAGAUGGCAACCCUUUAGAAAGUGUAUAUUUUAAAAAUAUUAUAGCUGUAAAGAGUUUGUACAUGAACGAUAUGUCUAAGUUGGUGGUCUUGGAUGAUAAAGCGUUCAGCAAUGUGAUUGGUCGCGGGAUAGAUGGGAGCGAAGAAAACUGUUUCUCUCUCUUUCUGUCAAAUUGUCGGAGUUUGAGUGAGAUAAGGGAUGGGGCGUUUGAUGCUACAACGUUGUGCAUGUUGGACAUAAGCAAGAACAACCUAACACACCUCUCAAAAAGCCUCCUAGACUGGACUACAAUCUCUGAGGGCAUUGACCUCCAGCACAAUCCCUGGGACUGCUCAUGUGACCUGCAGUGGUUCCUAGAUGACCUGCUACCACAGAUGUAUGUGAAGCAUUCUAGGCUGUUGGCAGAACUCAGAUGUGGCUCUCCUCGUGCGUUAGAAGGUCUACGAUUGGUGCACUGGUACAACUGGACUGAGAAGGCCUUCUGCGGGGACAAUUAUAUGCACAGCACUUAUUUCCUCCAACCUUCAACAGAACAAGUCCCAACAAUCAGCCGCCUCGGCAUCAUAUUAGGCUGCUGCGUUAUAGUUUCCCUGCUUAUAGCCAUAGCGUUAUCCGUGUACUUGGUCAAAAGCAGGAAACGGUACCGAGUGAGGCAGGCGGCACUCAAGAGGAAACGACAGAGCGCGUAUGAUGCUAGAAAUAGUAAGGAACAGUUCAAGGCAUUGAACAAAGCAUAGAUAUCUUCUAUACUAUACUAAAUAUAAGAUGUAUCAGAAGUAUUGCAGAAGAGCAGGGGCAUUCUAAGUAGUUUACCGAGGAUUUUUCUAUAUUUAUUUUGUCGCAGAUACUAAAUAACCACACGCCUGGUCAAUUUAACCAACAUUCACACUUUUAAUUAUAAUUUGAAUACAAAAGUUUCAGUCGUUGUUUAGUAUCAUAUUAGGUAGCGUCAUAGCGGUCAUAGUUUCCUGCUCAUAGCCAUAGCUCUAUCUGUGUACUUGGUCAAAAGCAGGAAACGGUAUCGAUUGAGGCAGGCGGCGCUCAAGAGGAAGAUACAGAGCGCGUAUAGGAUAGGAAUAAUUGAAGUAUUGCAGUUUUGAGGCAUUCUAAGGGUAGUUUACCGUAUUUUAAACAAUUUAUAAAUGCUUUUUUAGGGUUCCGUAGUCAACUAGGAACCCUUAUAGUUUCGCCAUGUCUGUCUGUCCGUCCGUCCGUCCGUCCGUCCGCGGAUAAUCUCAGUAACCGUUAGCACUAGAAAGUUGAAAUUUGG